AAUUACAAGUAAUGAUCGGUGUGAUUAAUGUAAAAGUCAAUGUCAUACGGCUAACAAUUAAUAGAACAAAUAAAAAAAAAAAGUAAACUUUGGGAUAGUGCCUUUACUGCCUUAUACAAGUGUUUUCUGCUUCCCUCAUCCGAUGAACUCUGCUUCACUCAUCUAAAAAUGGUCACUUGAGCAGACCCCGGCAAAAUAGCAGCAGACCAGCAGUACAGUAAGUUUUCCUAUGUCUCUCUUCUUGGCAUGUUUAAAUCUUCCAUAAAUUUUGGUUUGUUUUCUUGAAUCUUCUUUAUUUCAUAGUGUAAUUACCAUAAAAAUGGCUGCUUCAAUGUGUUUUUCUGCUCACCUUAAACCUUAUCCGUGUCCAAUACCUCAAAAAUUUCCAUCAAAUUCAAUUUUCUUUUCAAAUUCCAAAUCUUCCCCAUUAAUCUCCUUCUCAUUAGCUCAAAAUCCCAGUUCUUCUUCUUCUUCUUCAUUGUCAUUUGAUUCUGCCCAUCAACUUCCCCCAAAUUUUACUCCAAAACAGCUGCUUGAAACUUUGAGGAGAGAGAAAGAUGCAGAAAUGGCACUCUGGGUGUUUGAUUGGGCUUCAAAACAGUCUAAUUUCACACCCACUUUGUCAAUUAUUGAGGAAGUUCUUAGAAAGCUUGGAAAUGAAGGGUCUUUUGAUUCAAUGAAAAGGGUUUUGGAUGAAAUGAAGGAAUUAGGUUGUGAAAUUAAUGAAGGUACUUUCUUGAUUUUCAUUGAUUCUUAUGUUAAUUGUGGUUUGUAUGAUGAAGCUGUUUAUGUGAUUGAUAUGAUGGAGAAAGAAUAUGGGGUUAAAUGUGGGACUCAUACCUUUAAUUUCUUGUUGAAUGUUCUUGUUGAUGGGCAUAAAUUGAAAUUAGUGGAAAUUGUUCAUUCAAAAAUGGUAGAAAGUGGAGUUAAGAAAGAUGUUUCCACAUUUAAUAUAUUGAUUAAAGGGCUUUGCAAAGCUCAUCAAAUUAGGCCUGCCCUUAUUAUGAUGGAGGAGAUGGAAAGGUAUGGAUUGACCCCGGAUGAGAAAACGUACACGACGAUUAUGCAGGGUUAUAUUGAGGAAGGGAAUGUGGACGGCGCUUUACGAAUUAGAGAACAAAUGGUGGGAGCUGGUUGUGUUUCGACCAAUGUGACUGAAAAUGUUUUGGUUUAUGGGUUUUGUAAGGAGGGAAAGAUAGAAGAAGCGUUGGGUUUCGUUCAGGAAAGGGUUGCUGAGGGAUUUCAUCCUGAUCAUUUUACAUUUAACACUCUAGUUAGUGGUUUGUGCAAAUUGGGUCAUGUUAAACAUGCACUAGAGGUGUUAGAUGCUAUGCUAGAAGAAGGGUUUGAUCCGGAUAUAUAUACUUAUAAUGCUCUAAUAUCCGGGCUGUGUAAAAUGGGUGAAAUUGAAGAGGCAAUGGAAGUGCUUGAGUUGAUGGUUUUACGGGGUUGCACACCGAAUACUGUUACCUAUAAUACUCUGAUUAACACCAUGUGUAAAGAGAAUCAAGUUGAGAAAGCCACUGAAUUUGUGCGCCUUCUUACAAGCAAGGGAAUUUUGCCUGAUGUAUGUACAUUCAAUUCUAUCAUACAAGGUCUUUGCUUGUCCAGAAACCACAAGCUUGCUAUGGAGCUAUUCAGAGAUGUGAAAAAUGAUGGGUGUCAGCCUGAUGAAUUUACUUAUAAUAUGCUGAUAGACAGCCUUUGUUCUAGAGGGAAAAUUGAUGAAGCUUUGAACUUGCUAAAGGAAAUGGAAUCAAGUGGUUGUGCAAGAAAUGUGGUGACAUAUAAUACAUUAAUUGACGGAUUCUGUAAAAACAAGAGGAUAGAAGAUGCCGAAGAGGUUUUUGAUCAGAUGGAACUGCAAGGGGUGUCAAGAAACCUGGUUACUUACAACACCCUCAUUGAUGGUCUUUGUAAAAUUAAGAGGGUGGAAGAUGCUGCUGAACUGAUGGACCAGAUGAUAAUGGAAGGGUUAAAACCCGAUAAAUUUACUUAUAAUUCCUUGCUUUCUCAUUUUUGUAGGGCAGGAGAUAUUAAGAAGGCAGCAGAUAUAGUGCAAACAAUGACUUCAAAUGGGUGUGAGCCUGAUAUUGUUACUUAUGGGACCUUGAUUCAGGGGCUUUGUAAAGCUGGUCGAGUUGAGGUUGCCACUCGACUCCUUCGGAGCAUUCAGAUGAAAGGAAUGAUUCUAACCCCUCAUGCAUAUAACCCCGUGAUACAGGCUCUUUUUAGAAGGAGACAAUCAAAAGAAGCGAUGAGGCUUUACAGAGAAAUGGUGGAGAAGGGUGACCCUCCAGAUGCUGUAACUCAUAAGAUAAUUUUUCGUGGUCUUUGUUCAAGUGGAGGUCCUAUUGGAGAAGCUGUUGAUUUUCUAGUUGAGAUGCUGGAGAAAGGAUUUAUACCAGAGUUCUCUUCUUUUAUGAUGCUAGCAGAUGGUCUUCGUUCACUAGGGAUGGAAGAUGCUCUAAUGAAGCUUGUUCAUAUGAUCAUGAAACAAGCAAAGUUCUCAGAAAACGAGGUUUCCAUGAUAAAGGGUUUUAUGAAAAUUCGUAAAUUUCAGGAUGCAUUAGCUACCCUUGGUCGUAUUUUGAAUAGUCGUAUACCCCGAAGAAAUUACAGGUGAAGGAUGGUAUGAGGUAACCUAUUUCUUAAGCCGAAGCCUGAAACUAAGUAGCUGUGAGUCUUGUAACAACACAAAUAUCCUUGAGUUGAUAUUAGUUUUGUUAAUAAAUUCUUUUGUGCUUAAGCAAAGGGUUUGUUUAUUUGUCAAGGUUAUUAGUUAAUUUUUAGGUUUCAUUUGGUUCAUAUGCUACUCGUAUAUUAUAUGGUUCAUGAUAGAUGAAAUGCUGCUUUAAUGAGAAAUCCUGAGGCUUUGCUGCUAAAUUGUAGAUUUCUGGUCUAUAUAACUCAACCUUAUUCUUUUUUGCA